UGACAAGCUGUCUAGUGUCUACGGCGUGGCAGAGAGUCGGUCUCUUUCUUUCACGGGAGUGCGCCAUCGUUGGCGUAUCGUAAUUUUUGGUUGUGCUUGAGAAAAUCAUCAAACAUCCAAAAUGGUGAACUUCACAGUAGAUGAAAUUAGGACCAUGAUGGACAAAAAGAAGAACAUCCGUAAUAUGUCCGUCAUUGCCCAUGUUGACCAUGGUAAAUCUACAUUAACAGAUUCUCUAGUAUCAAAAGCUGGUAUUAUUGCUGGUGCCAAAGCUGGAGAAACCAGAUUUACAGACACAAGAAAAGAUGAACAGGAACGUUGUAUUACCAUCAAAUCAACUGCCAUAUCUAUGUUCUUCGAGUUAGAUGAUAAAGAUCUUGUGUUCAUCACCAACCCUGACCAACGUGAAAAAGAUGAGAAAGGUUUCUUGAUUAACCUUAUUGAUUCUCCUGGACACGUUGAUUUCUCAUCAGAAGUAACAGCUGCCCUUCGUGUCACUGAUGGUGCCCUUGUAGUAGUAGACUGUGUGUCUGGUGUAUGUGUACAAACUGAAACUGUACUCCGUCAAGCUAUCGCAGAACGUAUUAAGCCAAUUUUAUUCAUGAACAAGAUGGACAGAGCCCUCUUAGAAUUACAGUUGGAAUCUGAAGAACUUUAUCAGACUUUCCAACGUAUUGUUGAAAAUGUCAACGUAAUUAUUGCCACCUACAAUGAUGAUGCAGGUCCAAUGGGUGAAGUCAGAGUUGACCCCAGCAAAGGUUCAGUUGGUUUUGGAUCUGGUCUCCAUGGAUGGGCCUUCACUCUCAAACAAUUCUCUGAGAUGUAUGCUGAGAAAUUCAAGAUUGAUGUAGUCAAGCUAAUGAACCGUUUGUGGGGUGAGAACUUCUUCAACCCAAAAACCAAGAAAUGGGCCAAACAAAAGGAUGAUGAUAAUAAACGUUCAUUCUGUAUGUACAUCUUAGAUCCAAUCUACAAGAUUUUUGACUCCAUCAUGAACUACAAGAAAGAAGAAUAUGAAGCACUUCUUCCAAAAUUGGGUAUUGCCUUAAAACAUGAAGACAAAGACAAGGAUGGUAAACAAUUAUUGAAGGUAGUUAUGCGUACUUGGUUGCCAGCUGGAGAAGCUUUACUUCAGAUGAUAGCCAUUCACUUACCAUCACCUGUGGUAGCACAGAAAUACAGAAUGGAAAUGUUGUAUGAAGGACCUCAUGAUGAUGAAGCAGCUAUUGGUAUUAAGAACUGUGACCCCAAUGCACCUCUGAUGAUGUAUGUAUCUAAAAUGGUACCCACUUCUGACAAAGGUCGUUUCUAUGCUUUUGGGCGUGUAUUCUCUGCUAUUGAAGAUGUCCCAUCUGGUAACAUCUGUGGUUUGGUCGGUGUUGAUCAGUUCUUGGUUAAGACUGGUACCAUUACAACUUUCAAGGAUGCUCACAACUUGAAGGUCAUGAAGUUCAGUGUAUCUCCUGUAGUACGUGUUGCUGUUGAACCUAAAAACCCUGCUGAUUUGCCAAAACUUGUAGAAGGUUUGAAACGUUUGACCAAGUCUGAUCCUAUGGUCCAAUGUAUCAUUGAAGAAUCUGGUGAGCACAUCAUUGCUGGUGCUGGAGAAUUGCAUCUUGAAAUUUGCCUUAAGGAUCUUGAAGAAGAUCAUGCCUGCAUUCCCAUUAAGAAAUCUGACCCUGUUGUAUCUUACCGUGAAACAGUAAGUGAAGAGUCUGAUCAGAUGUGCCUCUCAAAAUCACCCAACAAACACAACAGGUUCUUCUGUACUUUAUUCCCAACUACUACAGGUAUAUUUAUCUAUACUCCAUUUCAAUUUUCUGGAGUGCAAUAUCUUAAUGAAAUCAAAGAUUCUGUGGUAGCUGGUUUCCAAUGGGCAACCAAGGAAGGUGUCUUGUCUGAAGAAAACUUGAGAGCUGUUAGAUUCAACAUUUAUGAUGUUACAUUACACGCUGAUGCUAUCCAUCGUGGAGGUGGUCAAAUCAUUCCAACUACCCGUAGGUGUUUGUAUGCUUGUUUAAUGACAGCAUCACCAAGACUUAUGGAACCCAUAUACAAGUGUGAAAUUAUGUGUCCUGAAGUUGCUGUUGGUGGUAUUUAUGGUGUAUUAAAUAGAAGACGUGGUCACGUAUUUGAAGAAGCUCAAAUCGCUGGUACACCUAUGUUCUUAGUAAAAGCUUACUUACCUGUAAAUGAAUCGUUCGGUUUUACUGCUGAUUUACGGUCCAACACUGGAGGUCAAGCCUUCCCACAAUCAGUCUUCGAUCAUUGGCAAAUAUUACCUGGUGACCCAAUGGACCCUGGCACCAAACCAUACGGAAUUGUGCAGGACACACGUAAAAGAAAGGGUCUUAAAGAAGGACUUCCAGACCUGGCACAAUAUCUGGAUAAAUUAUAAACAACUAAGAAACUUAAUUUAUGUACAGAUUAUUUAAUAAAAUUAUUUCAAUUUACUCAACAGUUUUUAUAGUUAAUUGUAUUUUUGAUAUUUUUAUUCUGAUAAGUUUUCAGUUCUCAAAUUGAUGGCUACACUAGAAAUGAAAUAAACUAAAUAAUCUGACAAAUAUUUUAUGUUUGUUAUAUAUAUUUUUUGUUAACAGUCCAGAUAUUUGUAUAUUUAUUCAUUUGACAUCAAAAGUAAAUUCUGAUAAAACAUCUUUCGAGUAUUUAUUUGUGGAUGCAAAUUCAUCUUGUUUUAUUUUUACUCCCUUAAAACAUUUUAUUAGUGUAAUUUUUAUUUGAGCAGUACUGAUUAAUGUUAAGUAUUUUUUGGAUAUGUGUAUAAUAAAACUCAGUUUUUUAAGGAA